UUAUCGGAAUUCAUAAUGUCCGAUAGCAAACGUCUUGAAAUUCAGUCUCUCUGCCUCGAAUCACUAUCCAAAAUUAAAAUUGGGACUGGACCAGAAGAAAAGCAGAACGGAAAGGAUUUUUACAAAUAGUGAGAAUUUUUGAUACAAAACUAAUAUUUUAAGUUCAGUUUCUUUACAAAUUACCCUGAUCUUCGUGUUUACUUUAAGGGUGCUGAAAAAUACACAGCUGAUGAUGUACAAAAAUCAGAACGGUUUGAAAAACAAGGGCAACGUAUCCUUUUGGCAAUGCAUCUGACUGCGCGAGUUUAUGCUGAUGAGAUGGUAUUCGACUCGUACAUUCAAGAAACCAUUAACCGGCAUCGCCAAUUUAAAAUGGAACCGUCACUUUGGAUGGCCUUUUGGACAGUCUGGACAGGUUUUUUGGCAACAAAAAUAAGUCUAGAUGAACGUCACAAAAAUGCUUGGAUGGCCUUGGGUCAAGACUUUGCAAAGGCUGCCAACAAACAUUUGAAGCUUUUAGGGCUUCCAACAGCUGAAUAA